AUGACUUCAUCAAAAUUUGAAAUAAAUGAUGACAUACUUGAUUUUGUAAUCAAGAAAGCAAAUGGAAUAAAAGGUCUAGUAGAAGGAAGCCUUGAAAUUAUCCCAAAUCAAUGUAUUCAACCAAAAGAACACAGACUAGACAAAUCUCAAAUUGACAAUCAAGAAUCAAUCCCAACAAUUGAUUUAUCAAAUUUUUAUGAUUUGAAUGUUGAAAAGUCAAUUCAAGAAGCAACAGCCAAGUGGGGUUGCUUCCAAAUCAUCAAUCAUGGGAUCCCAAUUGAAGUUCUUGAAGAUUUGAAAGAUGCAGCACACAAGUUCUUUGAAUUGCCAGCUGAAGAAAAGGUUAAGUAUUGUAAAGACAAUUAUAGUGCUGGUGAAUCUGUAUUGAUGUUUUGGAGUGCUAUUGGAGAAAAAAAUGAAAAAGUUUUGGAGUGGAGGGAUAGUAUAAAACAUGGUUGUAAUCCACAAAACGAUAGCAAUCUUUGGCCUCCUCAAACAAGGUACCAAGUCUUGGAGUACCAAAAGUGGGUCAAACCACUUGCUAAAAAUUUGUUAAAGGUUUUAUUGAAGGGUCUCAAUGUUAAUGAAAUUGAUGAAUCUUUGGAACCUCUCUUGAUGGGAACUAUGAAUAUCAACAUGAACUAUUAUCCACCAUGCCCAAAUCCAAGUAUCACCAUGGGGGAUCGCCGACACUGCGACGGGUCCUGCAUCACUUUGCUCUUCCAAGACGACACGGGAGGCCUAGAUGUCCGAGGGACUAAAGAAGAUAAUUGGAUCCAUGUAAAUCCAAUCAAUGGCGCCUUAGCGUCAAUUCAAGAAGCAACAGCCAAGUGGGGUUGCUUCCAAAUCAUCAAUCAUGGGAUCCCAAUUGAAGUUCUUGAAGAUUUGAAAGAUGCAGCACACAAGUUCUUUGAAUUGCCAGCUGAAGAAAAGGUUAAGUAUUGUAAAGACAAUUAUAGUGCUGGUGAAUCUAUCAUGAGCAAUGAUCGAUACAAGAGUAUCGAGCAUUGUGUAGCAGUUGAUUUACGCAGGGCUCGAAUAUCUGUAACGCUAUUUGUGAAUGCUAGCCUUGACAGUGUCAUUGGUCCAUUUCCACAAAUGCUAAAAGAUGGAGAAAAACAAGUGUACAAACAUGUCUUGCAUUCUGAUUAUUGGGAUUAUUUCUAUCGUAAAAGGCCCUCUGGAAAAGCAUCACUAGAUUUUUUUAAAAUUUGA